AUGGUGAAACAAGGCUACGAGUAUUUGCCCAUUCCUGGGCCGUACAUGCUGCUCAACUCGAGGAGCGGAACCGCUCUCGACCUUUCGGGAGCAGAUCGCCAGACUGUAAUAGGGUAUCCAGCACACGGGGGAGAAAAUCAACAAUGGGAGUUCAUACUGAGUGGCAACGGCUAUGCCAUCCGAUCCGUCUGGCUUUCCGACAAAUACGAUUGCGGCUUGUACUUGACCGUGCAGGCACUCCAGGAUCAUGCACCCGUCAUUGCUACCCCAUUUCCAGUAAGCUGGGACGUGCGUCCAGUAGACGAAGGAACUAUUCAGUGA